AUUUGUAGCGCCCUCUAAAACUGGAAAGCUCGAAAAGAGGUUACCUUUUGAUUAAAAAUUGCUACACAACGCUAUGAGAAACUAGUGAAAUUGUGUAAAAAUUUCGCAUUCUAUGUGCCAGGAAAAAUAUUGUUGCAGCAUUAUCGCUUGAAAUAAGUGCAAAAGAGGAAAAAUGGGAGAUAUAAAAGCUUUCUUUCACGAGUGGUGUGCGAAGAACGGAAAAGAACCGUUGUUCGAUGUCAGAGUUACAGGACCAAGGCACAGGCAACGUUUUCUUUGCGAGUUGCAAGUGUCCGGAUUUGACUACGUCGGUGCGGGAAAUUCGACUAAUAAGAAAGAUGCGCAAGGAAAUGCAGCUAGAGAUUAUGUAAAUUAUUUAGUUCGCACAGGCCAUGUAAAUCAAAAUGACGUGCCGCAAGACACCGGGUCGCAGCAUCACAAUAAAAUGCAAGAUAAUGCAACACCAUUGGUCUCGACAUCGGUAGCGAAACCAGUGUUCCAAGAAGGCAUGGGACCAAACGAGAUCGGUCAGGCAUACAGGCCAUACAACGAACACGGUCACAAUAAUUACACAUACAUUGACAGAUUGGCAGAUAGCAAGAAAGUAGAAGAAGCGGAAGAUGUUGAUGUUAAUUCCAGUAUACACGGAAACUGGACUAUAGAGAACGCUAAAUCGAAACUUCAUCAGUUUUUACAAACCCAUCAUAUUAAUGCAGAUUACAAGUAUACUUCGGUUGGUCCAGAUCACAUAAGGAGUUUUAUGGCAGAAAUGACAAUUUAUGUCAAGCAACUGGGACGAAGUGUAACUGGUCGUGAAACUGGAUCAAACAAACGAGUAGCUUCAAGAAGUUGCGCUUUGUCUAUUGUUCGUCAAUUGUAUCAUUUAGGUGUUCUUGAAGCUUUUAAUGGUACAUUAAAGAAAAAUAAAACAUCUGACCAGAUAAAACCUUAUCCUGUGAAAAUUUCACCAGAUCUGGACGAACAGAUUAAGGAUGUUUUAACAAAACUAAAUAUAACACCAAUUAAAGUCGAAAUGCCAGCAACAGAUCAAGAUAAGGAAGAGAAAGAUGAGACUUCAACGACUGCUGGGGUGUCUUUGUUAACAAAUCAAGUUUUGGACGACUUUAUAUCUUCUAUGCCACAACCUGCUGGUGUGGUAAGUUGGUCGCCACCUCAGCCAAAUUGGAAUCCAUGGACCGGAUGUAAUAUCGACGAAGGACCAUUAGCGACAAUGUCUCUGGAUAAAUUGUCGGAAGAUUUGAUGGGAGAACAACGCGAGAAGUUACAGAAUAACGCCAGCUUACAGGCAAGCAUAAAAGAAAGAUCUAAUCUCCCCGUUUAUUCAAUGAGAAAUGACAUCAUGAACGCCAUCAACGACCAUCCGAUCAUUAUUAUACGCGGAAAUACGGGAUGUGGCAAAACCACGCAGGUUUGUCAAUUUAUUCUGGAUGAUUACAUCGCAUCUGGCCAAGGAGCAUAUUGCAGCAUAGUUGUCACUCAACCUCGAAGAAUUUCCGCCGUUUCUGUAGCCGACAGAGUCGCAGCCGAGAGAUGCGAGACUUUGGGACAAUCGGUCGGGUAUUCUGUGAGAUUUGAAUCUUGUUUGCCGAGACCAUACGGCAGCAUAAUGUUUUGCACUGUGGGUGUACUCUUGAGAAAACUAGAGGGUGGCCUCAGAGGCGUAUCGCACGUAAUCGUCGACGAGAUUCAUGAACGCGAUGUCAAUUCGGAUUUUAUUCUGGUUGUGCUAAGAGACAUGAUUCAUCUCUAUCCUGAUCUUAGAAUUAUUCUGAUGUCGGCUACAAUUGACACGACGCUGUUCAGUGAAUAUUUCAACAAAUGUCCCGUCGUGAACGUUCCCGGCAGAUCUUAUCCCGUGCAACAAUAUUUUCUGGAAGAUUGUAUAGAGCUGACCCACUUUGUACCGCCGAUAGCUUCCGGGAAACGCAAGUCUAAAGAUUCGGACGAAGCACCGAUGGAUGGGGAGCAAGAGGAAAAUUUGAACAAAGUCAUCGACAAUAGAUAUUCUAUUCAGACAAAGAACGCCAUGGCGCAAUUGUCGGAAAGAGAGAUAUGCUUUGAGUUAAUAGAAACUUUGCUGGUUUACAUCAGCAAACAGAAUAUUCCGGGUGCUGUUUUGAUCUUCCUUCCUGGUUGGACCUUGAUAUUUACCUUGAUGAGACAGCUUCAGCAACAUCCGGUGUUUGGCGGUUCUUCAUAUUGCAUAAUUCCGCUACAUUCCUCACUUCCGAGAGAAGAUCAGCGUAAAGUUUUUGAUCCCGUACCGCCUAGUGUAACCAAAAUCAUAUUGUCCACGAAUAUUGCCGAAACUUCGAUUACGAUCAACGACGUCGUCUACGUCAUAGAUUCCUGUAAAGCCAAAAUGAAGUUUUUCACUUCUCACAACAAUAUGACCAAUUACGCGACUGUUUGGGCUAGCAAAACGAAUCUGGAACAACGGAAAGGUAGAGCGGGUCGUGUUAAGCCCGGCUUCUGUUUUCAUCUGUGCUCGAAAACUCGAUUUGACAAAAUGGAUGAACACAUGACACCAGAAAUGUUCAGAACGCCUUUGCACGAACUGGCAUUGAGCAUCAAGCUCUUAAGAUUAGGCAAUAUUGGACAAUUCUUAUCGAAGGCGAUCGAGCCACCGCCUAUCGAUGCCGUGAUCGAAGCCGAAGUUAUAUUAAGAGAAAUGAAAUGUCUGGACAAGAAUGACGAAUUAACGCCUCUCGGCAAGAUCUUGGCACGUUUACCGAUAGAACCGCGUCUAGGGAAAAUGAUGAUCCUGGGCUGUAUGUUCCGCGUAGGCGACGCUCUCUCAACAAUGGCCGCGAACAGCGCUACGUUUCCAGAGGUGUAUAACACGAGUCCUGACAUGAGAAGGCUCAGCGCUCAACAAAAGGCGUUUGCCGGUGCGAGAUACAGCGAUCACGUUGCCAUGUUCCAUGCUUUUCAGGCCUGGGAAGAGGCGAGAGGCGGCGGUGAAUAUGCGGAACAGAUGUUUUGCGAGUCAAAAAACUUGAACAUGCCAACUUUACGGAUAACGCUUGAAGCUAAGAAUCAAUUACAAGGGUUGCUGCAAAAUGCUGGUUUUCCGGAAGAAACUCUAUGUCCGGUCCCGUUGAAUUAUCAAGCGCCCGCCGAUCCGCGUCUCGAUACCAUUACCGCGCUGUUAUGUAUGGGUCUUUAUCCCAAUGUCUGUUAUCACAUGGAUAAACGAAAAGUUCUGACCACGGAAUCAAAGGCGGCGUUGAUUCACAAGAUAUCAGUAAACUGCAACAUCUUUGAACAAAAGUUUCCAUUCCCAUUCUUCGUGUUCAACGAAAAGCUUCGUUCGAGAGUUGUAUCGUGCAAACAAUUGACUAUGGUAUCGCCUAUUCACUUGUUGCUAUUCGGAUCUCGAAAAGUUGACUACGUGGACGGCAUGAUUAGGUUGGAUAAUUGGAUAAAUUUGGACAUGAAUCCGCAGCACGCAGCAGCCAUAGUUGCUUUACGACCUGCUCUAGAGAGUCUUGUAGUCAGGGCGUCUAAAAAUCCAGAAACAAUUCUAGAGUUGAGCCCUACUGAGGAAGAGGUGCUGAGUGUGAUUAAAACAUUAUGUGGCAUGAACGCUGGCCGUUAUGAGAUGGAACAAGUAACUGGCGGCAGUUUUCACCAGUCUACUCGACGCUGGGGUUCUACAAGUAGCCUUCUUGACAAGGGUCCUCGUCCGCCAAAAAUGAUACGAGGAAAUGACAACGGUCCACCUUCUUCACCAAAUAUGAUGCGUGGACCACCGCCACCACCACCUAUGUACAACAAUAAUCAACGGGGUGGUUAUCGGGACGGUUUCAGUGGGUCGUACAAUAGAAAUUACAACAGACCUUGGCAAGGCGGUCGUGGAGGAAACUGGAAUAACAGUGGAUAUCGCAGAAAUUACUAAAUGUUUCACAAAUAAUACAUAUAUUUAUAUACAUAUAUACAUGUUGUUACUCUAUAAUUUUUCUUUUAAAAAAACUUUAUUCAAUCUUAACACAGCAAACACGCAAUAUUUAUGAUUUAUCAAUAUAUUGAUGCUUAUCACUGUUCUUAUUAUUCGAAACAACAUUAAGUUUAUGUAUUUGUAUUUAUAGAUAGAUGUGAGAAGUUUUUAUCUUAUUCAUAUACAAAAGAUGCACAUAUUAUGAAUAUUACUUGGUUAUAGUGUACAACAAUAUGUGACGUAGUUCGUGAUAUUAUUCAAGUAAAUUUAAGUAAUAAUAUAUGUGUAAAAUUGUAUGCACAUUUGUAGAACAAGUUUUGGAUAAUAU